AUGUUUCUGAAAAAAAGGGGCAGUGGCAAUAGCAGAAGAAGAUCAGGUAAUAGAAACAGGAUGGUCGUCGUUGGGAUGUUUAUGUUUAGGCUCGUCAAAAGACCAAGAUUUAUACCAGCAAAAGCAUUGUUGGGGCGUGUCGGAGCUAAAGUUGCAAGUGCUUUGCGUUUUGAAUCCAUUCGAAGGAGCUGUCGGCAUAAGGUUUCUUCUUCGAAUCUGCCGAGGCCACGUUCAUUGACGGAAUCUACUGAGUCUCAUCAUGCUGAAGCUAUUGAAGAUUGCAUCCAGUUCUUGAAUACUUCUUCAUCUUUGUCAAGAUCAAACUCGGUUUCUACAUGUUCUAGCUAG